AUGGCGGGCAUGAGCAGCAAGCGGCUGCAGAAAGAGCUGGCAAAGAUACAAGGCACCCUACCACCCGGCAUCUCGCUCGUAUCCGCGGAUAAUCUCCGGGAGUGGCAGAUGGAUCUCACAGUACCCGACAACCCCAUUUAUCCUCCGAACGAGCCAUACCGGUUACGUUUCCAAUUCUCGCCUAACUAUCCCAUCGAAGCGCCGGAAUGUGUCUUCCUCGCACUCCCGAAUCCGGAACGCAAGGUCCCAAUACAUCCGCACAUCUACUCAAAUGGCAUUAUCUGCUUGGACCUGCUCGAUGCGCAGGGCUGGAGUCCAGUGCAUAAUGUGGAGAGUAUAUGCAUAAGCCUUCAGUCAAUGCUGGCGAGUAACACGAAAGCGGAGAGGCCGCCAGGAGAUGCGGAAUUCGUGGCAACUAACCGGCGACGACCGCGAGACAUCAACUUCUUGUACCAUGACCCGAGCGUGUGA